AUAUAAUUAUGAUGCUCUGAAGAUAGUGGUCACCACAAUAAUAUUUUGCAUGGUUACGGCAGAUAAUUCAAUGCUGAAAAAUAUGCUGUGACUUGUUGGAUGACCAAGAGAAGCUUUGUGCUACCCUGUUUUUAAUAUCAUCCUAAUAUAUUCUGACUGAACGAGGCAAAAAGCAAUUUCAGAAAUGUAUGUGAUUAUUGGUUGCUCUCAAGAAACGAGCUAGAGGUGUACCAGAAAAUCACUGCUCUUCGCAAGUCUAUCAGUUUCCAUCAGUUUUAGUUACUUCCAUUGGUGUUUUUAUCCGGUGAUCAUCUGUUGCUGAACUAGACACUGGUUGUCCAUUCUGAAUGAGUAAUUGCAAGAAGAAUCUUUUCAAGCGUCCCGAAGAGAAAGCUUCACUUGUUAGUUCACGUGAUUUGGGUAAGGCGCGUAACCUUCAUCGUUCGGUUUCAUGUUCAAAGGCAAACAUCUGUAGUGGAAAGUAUUUCAACUCAAUCACCAAACGACAAUCCUCUCCCAUAUCUGGAGCCAGUACAUCAGAUAUUCAUCUACUUAUUAAUGAUUCGACUGCUUCAGCAAUUUAUUCACGUAAUACAGAGCAUGACAGUUCAGAGGAUGUUUCGUUUAGUAUCGCUUCAUCAUCUUUGAUAGAUCUUAGAAAUACAGAAGGAUUCAGUACUACUUCAUAUGACGAGGUAUCACUUGCUGCUUACGCAAUAUGGACAGUGUAUCAACGUUACUUAUCAUGCUUCAUGGUGAAUAAAAUGGAGUCUGAACAUGUUGAAAUUGAAAACAUAUUAAAUCGUAUCAAAAGUACACGUAAAGAAAUAAUCCGCCUGCGCAAAGUAAAGGCAGAUUGGGAAAAUUGGUUUCACUCGGUGAGAGAUUUGCACAAUGAGUACGAUAUGCUUACCGACAUAGUUUGUAUGUUGGGUUUGUCUGAAGGUAAUUCUGAAGAUAAGCCGUCAGAUAAUCCUUUAAAUGGUCAGGAAUUCGGUCAGCAAGGAUUACUUCCUCAGCUUCAAGAAUUUACGCUUGCGAAAUUUGCUCCCAUCGUAAAUAGGAUACCUGUGGAAGGAAUAAACCUGAGUGGAUCAUUUGACAGCAAAAAUUUACAAUGCGAUCUACAGCAGCUUAGCGAACUUGCUUCUUCGUUUUCUAAUGUUAGUGAAGAAAAUAUAGUUGGAUUUGAAGUACUUGCAGAUGAAGUAAAUUGCGUGGCUGAUAAUAUAGAAACAGUCUAUCGCGAUAAUAUUAAACACUAUGAAAAAUUAUUCCAGUGUUUAAAAAGUUUUCUUCUUCAAGCAUCAUUGAUAUUUGAACGGAUCGAACGUGAAUGGAUGAAACAGAUAUAUUAACUACCUUUAUUUUAUCCUACAAUAAUUAACAUGAAACAAAAAACUUAGAUAAUUCCCACUGCUUUCUAUGCUUAAUUCAUUUCUGAUAACAUUCAAUCAAAGUAAACGUGUUUUUUUUCUCUCUAAAAACCACUUUGACUGUUCAUAAUAUUCUUCUGCAAAAUUUACAUGCAAAAUAUGAAUGUACUCAUUGGUAGAUAACAUGGGAAUAGAUAUGUAUUAAUUAUUGAUUGAAUAACUUGUCUACCAUGUUAUCUAUUUAUCAUUUGUAUAUAUCAGAUUUGUUUUCAAGCGUUAACUAUAUAACGAGAGUCUCAUGGCCUGAUAAUUUGACUGUGUUGCCUAGUAAUAGUGUUCUGGCUUUUCUUUCGAUGUGAUUUUGAUGUGUAUAAAAUUUGUAUAUAUGUUUUCUAGUACCUCAAAUAUUGUCUUAUAUCUAAAAUGAUGAAAGUAUUACUAAUCCG